AUGUUCAAUCCGGAAAAGUAUGCUGCGGCUACCGUUGCUCGGCUCCGUUCACUGUGUGAAGCGCAGGACACGCGCUCCACGGGUGCCCGGCUUCGGGAUGGUACGGAUGAAGAGUGGGAAAUCAUUCAGGGACUGGCGGAGGGUCACAUUGUGAGCCGCUCAUGCCCACACUUUAUCAAGAAAGUGAUAAAUGCGAAAGAUCGAUUGCGACUCCUGUCGACCAUUCAGCUGCAAGUCGAAGGAGAGCUAUCAUUCUCAUUGGCUGGGCAAGGGGCAAUUCCAUCCAGUCGACAUCAUACCCAGGCACUGAAGGAAGACAUACUGCUGGCGGCCGAAGGGUUGAAGAUGAAUCUACAGGCACUGCACACCAUGCUCAGUCAGGCGAAGACAAUUGGGUACAGCACGGUUCAGAAGUCGAUUAACAUUCACUUUUUUCAGCGAGCUACGGCGACAAAAUUUCAGAACACACUCGUGCCGUUCCGUCGGAAAAUCUACCGCCUCCACAAUCGGCACGCACCUACUUCUGGUUCAGUGUGGGAUUGCCAAGUCGGAGCCGAUGGUACUCGCCUCAAGAUGCAGACUGAGUAUGUUAUUCGACUCUACAAUGUUACGCGCUACAUGGACAUUGGACGCUUUACAGCAUUCUUGACGGCCCACACUAGUCCUGAAUUUGAUCUGGAACCUUUGGGCACGUGCACACCGGACUCUAGGACAUCAACGGUGUGGCGACUGACGAUCCAAUUAGCAGGCUGCCCCGAUUUUCUACGUGAUGUGGUGCGCCUACUAUGGUUUGGCCAUACUAUGGCAAGAUGUGGAUUUUCGACGGAGCAGCUGCGUGGUCCCGGCAGUAUUGUGGCUUCCGAGGAAGAGGUGCCGCAGCUGGAGGAUCUGGCUGCUCCUUUCCGUUGCUUUGCCGAGAUGCGCGACAUCGCGGCCCAGCGUAUACGCCUUCAAGACCAAGCAGAUACGAUUUCUGCACAGGCAGUCCAGCCCCCUUCUGUUGAGGUGCCCACGCUUGCCGUGGACCGCGUCAACUCCGACGGUCGUGAUGGUCGUAUCGUGGCGGCGUCCGGAAUUGGUGGUCUUUCAACCGCCCAACCUGACCAGUCUGGACAAACACCACUUGCGCAGCUCAAACCUAAGCCUAGGCCACAAUGGGUGACAGUCUCUAUUCCUCAGGGACGGAAGGCAUUAAGUGCUACGAAGACAUUAUCUAGCCGGCGUGCAUUUUUGUCAUCGCGGUAUGCCGUACUGGCCGACCAACACGAGGUCGACGUCGAAGAGGUCGAGGCGGUUGUUCAUGCACCUUUUUCUGCUCUCGAAGAGCCGGAUACGAGCGGUGCAGGAGCGCUCGCGGCCGUACGACACUCUGACAAGGCCACGGAUUCUACGGUCCAGCUUCGGCUGAUAAAGAAAACACCACCGAAGCUUCCACUGACGCCUCAAUUAGUGGCGCUAAAACAGAAGGAACGGACCGAGCUUCUCAGGAAUAUCGCUCAAGUGGAGGGUUACUGUGGAUCUCGUGUAUUGCCGCGGCUGCCGGAUGGCGUUGAUCUGGGGUCCGGGUCGUACGAUAUUAUCCAACAGCAGUUGGAUAUUCUGCCUGUUCAGACUCCGGCGAACGGGAAUUGUUCGGCCAUGGCAUUGGUCCAGGCGCUCGCUAACAACGACUUGCGUCACCGAGAUAAGAUCCUCCUCUCCGCUACAUCUAGCUUAAAAAGAGGCAUCAAAUACACGGGACAGAUGCACAUGAUGGAUUAA